AUGGAUUAUUCCCAAAAACCUUCUAGGUACUGUGCACGCAUCAGCAGGACGGACUCCGGGCCGGACAGGGCAGCGGGUCCCGCGGACUCAUCGCAAGCGCCCCUCGGCCCGGCCCAGUGGAAAAGCGCGAGGGGAGAUCGCGCAAGGGAAAGUUCAGGUCCCGCCGCGCGCAGGAAGCCUCUCGUCCCAGCCGCGUCCAGAGCAGCUUCGCUCCCGAGCUCAGGGUGGGAGAGCGGCAGCGGACCCCACAAGGAUGGACCAGAGGCCCUGAAGAACCUGUUGAGGCAGCGAUGGCCUCGCCGCUGGUCGCCCGCAGCCCCCGGCAAACAGAUGGAUCCCUGCCUCGGGCCUCCGGGCCUGCUCUAUCCCGCGCUCCAUCGCUCGCACACACACGACGCACUGCGAAGACCAACGCUGCCCCUCCGCCUCCACACGCCCGGAGCCCAGCCGACCUCCACCGCGUACGGGCCCCGGAGGCCGGGCCUGGCGGGCGGCGCGGGGCCUGGCGGGCAGCGCUCACGCGACUCCGCGGCUUCUUGGCCCGGGCAGGCCCCGCGCGGUCCUCCGAGGCCUCCUUCCCCAGGUCUCCUCGGCGGCCGCGGCCGGGCGAGCGAGGGGGCGGCGGGCGGAUGGGACGCGCCAGCCCCGCAGGCCCCGCCGCCCCCCGCCGCAGGCCCCGCAGGCCCGCCCGCCGCCCACAAAGCUCUCGGGGCAGCCUGGAGCCGAGGCCGCACCCGGGGCAGGCUCCACAGCACGGGCCGCACCAUCGUCACGGACGCCCUCGCCCUCCCCUCCGCCGCCGGCCGUCCCGCCGCCCCGCCGCCGCCGAGCUUUCCCCACCAUUAUGCUCCGGCUCCGCCGCCGCCGCCGCCGCCGCGCCCGGCCCUCCCCUCCGGUGCCGCCUCCUUCCCGCCGCCCGGCGCCUCUCGGGCGGCCUCCUCCCUCUUCCCAGGCUCCCCCCGCCGCCGGCUCCGCGCGAAGGGCUCGGGGAUCGAGGGUCGCCAUGUUUGUAAUUCUCCACCGCAGAAAACACCGCGGACGCGCCUGGGCGAACGAAGGCGAGGCGACCGGGGCGUUGUGUGCGGGCCUGACAACAUGCAGAUGAAUGUAUUGAAGAUUGAGGGUGGAGAAAAUAUCCCAAGUCCUAAAGCAAUGGAGAAAAAAAAUGUUAAGUUGCCGAAGUCCCACAUGAGAGUACCUGGAUUCAAUUCUCAGCAGUGGCUUCUGACUGCAGCUUCUUGCUAAGGCAGAUCCUAAGAGCAGCAAUUGUGGUUCAAGUAAUUGAAUUCCUUCUACUCAUCUGGGAGACCUGGAUUAUGAUCCUAGGAGCCCCUGCCCAGCCCAAGCAUUUGGGGAGUGAACCAGCAUAUAGAAGCUCUCUCCCAGUGUGUGUUUCUGUG